AGCUGCGAGCCGAGGUCGGACUGGCUCCAACCCUCACACUAGCCUCCACCAGACGCCGGAACCAUUAGGUGACUGCAAUGCUCGGGACAAGGAAACUACCACACGAUUACAGAUCCCACCAGCUCUGUCUCCAUCGAGGUAACCACAAGUCCCAUCGCGCCGCAGGAACCAGUUUCUUGUACAAAUGAAUGCCCGCAAUCCCGCUGACCCAGCCUGCCGACCUAAGUACUCUAGCACAGGAGCCAGUCGCCACUCUGCUCACAGCUCAGACCGCCCACGGGGAGGAGCGUCCACCACCCCCCCAGGAGGGGCGCGUGCGCACUUCUCCCUCUCCAGCUCUUUCCUCAGUCCUUCGCGUUUCCAGUUUUGAGUACUUUUUGUCCUCUACUGCGAGCAGUGCCCGCUUCCCUGCGGAAGUUGUGGUCGUAGGGGAAGAAGAUGGCGGCUACUAUGGUGGCAGCACCUGAUGCGGCUGCCAGUCGGGCCAACAAACGAGGUGGCGGAGGCCCUGGAGAUGGCGGCGGCGUUGGCGGGGGAGCCAGAGCAACGGAGGAGGAACCGCCGCCGCCCCUGCAGGCAGUUCUGGUGGCCGACAGCUUCAACCGUCGCUUCUUCCCAAUCUCCAAGGACCAGCCUCGGGUCCUCUUACCCCUGGCCAACGUGGCAUUAAUUGACUACACUCUGGAAUUCCUGACAGCCACAGGUGUACAGGAAACCUUUGUCUUUUGCUGUUGGAAGGCUGCUCAAAUCAAAGAACAUUUACUGAAAUCCAAGUGGUGCCGCCCUACAUCCCUCAAUGUGGUUCGAAUAAUCACAUCCGAGCUGUAUCGAUCACUGGGAGAUGUCCUCCGUGACGUGGACGCCAAGGCCUUGGUGCGCUCUGACUUCCUACUUGUUUAUGGAGAUGUCAUCUCAAACAUCAACAUCACCAGAGCCCUGGAGGAGCACAGGUUGAGGCGGAAGCUAGAAAAAAAUGUAUCUGUGAUGACGAUGGUCUUCAAGGAGUCAUCCCCCAGCCAUCCUACUCGUUGCCAUGAGGACAAUGUGGUAGUGGCUGUAGAUAGCGCCACAAACCGGAUUCUGCACUUCCAGAAAACCCAGGGCCUCCGGCGUUUCUCGUUUCCUCUGAGUCUGUUCCAGGGCAGUGGCGAUGGCGUGGAGAUUCGAUACGAUUUACUGGAUUGUCACAUCAGCAUCUGCUCUCCUCAGGUGGCUCAGCUCUUCACAGACAACUUUGACUACCAGACUCGAGAUGAUUUUGUACGAGGCCUGCUAGUGAACGAGGAGAUCCUGGGGAACCAGAUCCACAUGCACGUAACGACUAGAGAAUAUGGCGCCCGGGUGUCCAAUCUGCACAUGUACUCGGCCAUCUGUGCCGACGUUGUCCGCCGCUGGGUCUACCCCCUCACCCCGGAAGCCAACUUCACUGACAGUGCCACCCACAGCUGCACACAUUCUCGCCAUAACAUCUACCGGGAGGCUGAGGUCAGCCUGGGCCACGGCAGCAUCCUGGAGGAGAACGUGCUCCUGGGCUCAGGCACUGUCAUUGGCAGCAACUGCUCCAUCACCAACAGUGUCAUUGGCCCCAGCUGCCACAUCGGUGACAAUGUGGUCCUGGACCGGGCCUACCUGUGGCAAGGUGUGCGAGUGGCAACGGGAGCCCAGAUCCAUCAGUCUCUGCUCUGUGACCAUGCCGAGGUCAAGGAACGGGUGACCCUGAAGCCACGCUGUGUCCUCACUUCUCAGGUAGUGGUUGGUCCAGAUAUCACGAUGCCAGAGGGCUCAGUGAUCUCCUUGCAUCCUCCCGACACAGAGGAAGAGGAAGAUGAUGGCCAGUUCAGUGACGAUUCUGGGGCCAAUCAAGAGAAGGAGAAAACGAAGCUGAAAGGUUACAACCCAGCAGAAGUGGGCGCUGAGGGCCAGGGCUACCUCUGGAGAGCUGCAGGCACAAACGUAGAGGAGGAGGAGGAGCUACGGCAGAGUCUCUGGGGACUCACGAUCAACAUGGAAGAGGAGAGUGACACUGAAAGUGAGAGAAGUAUGGACUCAGAGGAGCUGGACAGUAGGGCAGGUUCCCCUCAGCUCGAUGACAUCAAAGUGUUCCAGAAUGAGGUCCUGGGAACACUGCAGCGAGGCAAAGAGGAGAACAUUUCCUGUGACAAUCUAGUCCUGGAGAUCAACUCUCUCAAGUACGCUUACAACAUCAGCCUAAAGGAAGUGAUGCAGGUGCUGAGCCACGUGGUCCUGGAGCUCCCGCUGCAGCAGAUGGAUUCGCCACCCAACCCAGCUCGCUAUUGUGCCCUGCUGCUUCCUCUGCUCAAAAGCUGGAGCCCCGUUUUUAGGAACUAUGUAAAGCGUGCAGCUGACCAUUUGGAAGCACUGGCGGCCAUUGAAGACUUCUUCCUGGGGCAUGAAGCGCUCGGAACUUGCAUGGCCAAGGUGCUGAUGGCUUUCUACCAGCUGGAGAUCCUGGCCGAGGAAACCAUCCUGAGCUGGUUCAGCAGCAGGGGCAUAACUGACAGAGGCCAGCAGCUGCGCAAGAAUCAGCAGCUGCAGAGGUUCAUCCAGUGGCUGAAAGAGGCAGAGGAGGAGUCGUCCGAGGAGGACUGAGACUGGACUUCUGCUCCUGCCUGAGGGCAGCUGCCUGCCUGGCUCCCGGGACUGAAGCAGGAGCUGCGGGAAGAGCACAAAUGCUGUUCAGGCUGGGUCUCAAGGCACAUGGGUGGAACCACAGUAUUCUCUCCAUGCCUGCGACCUGCGUACUCCUCCUGUCCAGGGAGUCAGGACAGGGGAGUGGUGCUGAAGGACGCUCCUGCCCAGGGAAGGCGAAGCUGGCCCUGCAGCCGAGGAGGGCCGGAGACCCAGCUUCGUGCUCGGGGUUCCCUCAGGGAAAGCAGAGGGCAGCUGGCCCUCUCUGCUGCUUGCGUUUGUUAAUAUUAAACAGAGACAGAGGUC